AGCUUUAUUACUAAAGUUGGAAUUUAUUAGUAAGAAAAAUCAUACCGUGAUUCUAUGCCAUUAUUUUGUUCAUGCAUGGACUUCGUGCACUUGCACCGUUGCACGCUAUUAUUAAUCCUAGAUCUGUAUCUUUGAUUGUUCCAACUUCCAACGACAUCACAAUGGGCUCAAUAAGAUGGGGUCUGGCCUUCGCUGUGGUGCUAUCAACUAUAGCUGAAAUGGCCUCGACAACCUCCGCCGGGACCGAUCCUAACAAGACGGUGGUCGAGGAGGUCACCGGCUGGCUCCGCCUAUACUCCGACGGCACCGUCGAGCGGCGGACACCGCCGGGUGCCGAGCCCUUCACUGCCAUCGUCCAGCCCUACGCCGAGCCACGCAACGGCGUCACCGUGCACGACGUUACCACGGCCAGCGGUGUAGACGUCCGCCUCUACCUCCGGGAGCCGGCAGCCGUCGUGCCCCGGCGACGGCGUCCUGUCCUUGUACACUUCCAUGGCGGUGGGUUCUGUGUCUCUCGUCCAUCGUGGGCGCUCUACCACAACUUCUAUGCCCCUCUCGUUGGUAAGCUCGACGUGGCGGGCAUCGUCUCCGUCUUCCUCCCUCUUGCGCCCGAGCACCGCCUCCCCGCUGCCAUCGACGCCGGCCAUGCUGCGCUCCUCUGGCUCCGCGACGUCGCAUGCGACAAGGAUGGAAACGAUGGUGCGCACCUUGCUCCGGCGGUGGAACGCCUCCGUGACGAGGCCGACUUCUCGCGCGUGUUCCUCAUCGGCGACAGCUCCGGCGGCAACCUCGUGCACCUCGUGGCAGCACGCGCAGCGAAGGACGGCGCGCCUCUCCACCCGGUGAGGCUCGCUGGUGGGGUACUUCUCAAUCCGGGCUUCGCUCGGGAGAAGAAGAGCCGGUCGGAGCUCGAGAAGCCGCCGAGCUUGUUCCUGACGGAGGAGAUGGUGGACAAGUUGCUGUUGCUGGCGGUGCCGGUGGGGAUGAACAAGGACAGCCCGUACACGUCGCCGCUGCUUGCGGCGGAGGCGGUGGCGCACCUGCAGAUGCCGCCGAUGCUGCUGAUGGUGGCGGAGCAGGACUUGCUGCAUGACCCCCAGGUGGAGUACGGCGAGGCCAUGGUGCACGCCGGGAAGGUGGUGGAGACGGUGGUGAGCCGAGGCGCGGUGGCGCACAUCUUCUACCUCAACUUCUUCGCGGUGGAGUCCGAUCAACUCACGGCUGAGCGGACAAGCGAGCUCAUUGACACCAUCAAGGCAUUCAUUAACAGGCACUGAUCAUCCUCCCAGCUACUACGUGAUUGCCAAGGCACCAUGCCGUGCAUGUAUCAUGUGAUACUCCGUAAUUCGUACGUACGUACGUGCCAGUCCAAAUGGCAUUUAGCCAAGCAUUCGCCCUUUGAUAUAUAUGUCUGAUACGAUAUGUUUGUAUAUUUUCGAAUUUCAUUUUCUGUAUGUUAUUUGUGCCAAAUUUGGUUGGUUUGGUGAAUGUACGUUUCGUACUAGCUAGUUUCAAACUUCCAAUUCCUGAGUAA